AUGGCCUUGGGUAACGGCUAUGUCAACGAAAAAAUGAACAUUGACACAUCCAUACGGUAUGCCUACGGUCAUGGUAUCAUCGACGAGAAGACUUGGAAUACCUUAGAACGUGACUGCUGCAACAAAUGCAUCGAUACUUGCGAUUUUACCCAGUCCCAUGAGCCUCUCUAUAGCGAUGCCCCCUGCCUCAAUGAUACCGACGUCAUCGUCUACAUGAAUGACCAAAAAGCCAAUGUACGAGUUCUCCUCUACUAUGGUGAUACCGAUAUGGCCUGCAAUUUCAUGAUGGGUCAACAAUUCUCGGACCAGCUUGGGCUCAAGACCAAUACCCUGUCGAUGGGUGCUUGGUCGAAAAGAGUACGGUACGGUAUGGGCGAGACUUUAGAGUUUCGAGGAGCCGGUCAUAUGGCACCACAAUGGCGAGCACCACAAAUGUACUACGUCAUACAGCAGUUCCUUCUUAACCAUCCUAUUUAA